AUGUGGAAGGCUUCGCUGUUGCUGGCAUUAUCGUGCGUAGCCACCACUUCGGCCCUACCAUCACAACCCGCAGAUCACCUCAACCAGGGCGAUUCGUGCCCGGUGAAUGAGGCCGAAGACAACAUUGGCGAUCUGGUUCGCUUGAUCAGAAAAUGUGAGGAAGGCCGUUCUUUCUGUGGUGAUCUCAUUCAUGAAAAAUGUGAGGUUGUCACCAAAAUCAAGACGGUGACUCCAGCACCAAAGACUGUCCAUAUCACGGAGACUAUUACCGACCAUCCUCACCAAGUGACAAAGACUUCCACCAAUUUCAUUACUUCGACAAUUGUGAAACCGCCCACUAGCACGACUACGCUUCAUACUACUUCAACUUUGACUCACACUGUGCCUUUGACGGCCACUGACUUGUCCACCCUGACAACUACUGAAAUUUUCACUUUCUUCUUGACCGAGCCCGACUAUGAAACAAUCACAGUACCUGUGACUAGUUUCAUAACAAACACAGUCACCAACGAAAUCACUGAUUAUGCUGCUGCCACAAUCACUGAGUCCUUUACGGAUACCACCACUGAAACUUUCACGAAUACUAUUACCGACUACUCGACAGCCUACGUCACAGCAUUCAUUACCAACCUUGCAAACGAAUAUGUCACCAACCUUAAUACAAAUGUUGCUACUGCUACUGUCACCAACUUCCAUACCGACACUGUGACUCUUUCGUUUACUGAUACUGCCACCACAACGGCCACCGAAACUAUCUUAUCCACCAAUACGCAAGAGGUCGAUGUGACUGCAACAAACACCCAAUUCGACACAACUAUCCAGACCGAUUUCGUGACGACAACUAACACGAUCCCCGUGACAGCCACAGAUUAUACAACCGCGACCAUCACUUCCGUCCAGACGGAUGGUGUCACUGUAACGACAACUACCGUGGCUACAGUAGCUCCCGCCAAGAGAGAUGUGAUCAACGAGCGUGGUGUGUUAAUCACUCCAUCACUCCUGAAGGGUAUUCAUGCCACUCAUCUCUCGCGCGCAUGUUCGCUCCUCUUUGAUGAGGAUCGAGGCUCGACGGUGUAUAGCACCAAGACUGUUGCUACACCAACAAUUACUAAGGCGGUUACAACCCAUACCGUGGCUCCCGGGGUACACACUGUUUACAUCACCAAAUUUACAACUGAAUUUGUUACAAAGAGGGCACCCGUGUUGACUACCGUCAAGACCGACACUGUUACCACCGAUGUCACAAAGACCGUGACCAUUAUGGAAACCUCAACUGUCACUGCCUCUUCGACAACCACUGCCACCGAUAUUUCCACAGUGACAGUGACCGUUGAUAGCCCUACCACGGAAACCGAUGUUGUGACUGCCACAGUGACCAGCGACGUGACAACCUUGACAACCGUGGACGUAACAGCCCAGGAGACUGCCUCUGUGACUGAGAAUGUUACUCAAGAUGUGGUAGCCACUGCCACAACCGAUAUCACAACUAUUCAAACCAAUACAGACACCGUCGAUAUCACAACAAGCCAGACAACUACCACAACUGCCGAUGUUACCGCCACUGAAACAGCAUCUUUGACAGUCACAGAGACCUCAACAACAACUGUUGACGUUACCGAGGUAGCAACGAUCACCUCAACAUCGUCAUUCACAGUCACUACCACAGUACCUAUCACUCUUCAAAGCACGAUUGCCAACACAAUCGAUGUCACCAGCACUGCCUUUACUACGUCAAUUAUUGACGUGACUGUCACUCAAACAGUCUCAUCAACCACAACCACCACCGUUACCUCAACCGUCACCAGCUCCCCAACCUGUGGUGUAAACGUCGUCUCGAAUCCAGGUUUCGAAGACACAGCUUCCGGUGGCACGUCCCUCUCUCCUUGGACAUACUCUUUCACAGGUAGCGGAAAGUACAUGUAUGUCGCUGGUGUCAACACUGCUUACGCAGUCGAUCUGUACACAAACACUGUCGGCACAAGCACAUCAAUGCUCAAGCAGGUGAUUCCCACCGUCGUGGGAAAGACAUACACCAUUUCACUUUACCACUUAUUAUUGAAUGGAAACACCGCCUCAGUUCUACAAUUUUCAUUCGACAACGCCAACUCAAACAUCUACAGCAUCAGUAUUGGAUCCGCAGUUAAGAGCACCUGGAAAGUUUUCCAAGGCACUUUCGUGGCUUCAUCUUCAUCCACUACGUUUUCCGUCAAGUUGACUACGUCAACGAUUGCGUCGGCAUAUAUCGAUGGAGUUUCUAUUGUGACACCAUGUUAA